AUGAGCUCAACCUUGGACGCCGCAAACCCCAAAGCCCAAAACGACCCAGCAGCCGUCGAGUCCGAGAAGGCCAUGCUCACCCAGUUCACAAAGCCCAACACAGUCUACAUGGUCGAACCCCUGGGCACCAACAAGGGCAUCUGUCGUAUCGAACCUAACGGCCAGAAAUCCUGUGUCAAGUUCCAAGCCCUUGAGGCCAAGCAGAUGUUUACCUUCAUGCAGGAGCAAGGCUUCUUUUGUACCAUGAGUAUCGAUCCUAAGGAGACUGCACUUGAGUGCAAACGCGUGUAG